AUAAGUCCUGUUAACACUGAGCAUUUUGAGCCCAUCAUACUAGAACGCGUCGACCUGUUCGAAGAUCUCAUAGAAAUCGGCGAGGCAAAGAUAUCCACAACCCUCGGACAUAUCUCAGCCUUGUGAUUAUUGUGGCGCAUGGUCGCGGCGUAUAUCAGCACCUCAAAUCAAAGCAGCUUGCCAAUUUUGGUUAUCGUAUAAUGACACGACAUCGUAUUUACUGGGCUGUAUCUCGACCUUGGCUUUUGACUCAGCCGUCUUUCCUAUUAGGCAAGCUGGUCGCAGCUUAGCAACAGCUGAUUUCACGAUCCCACGGCACAAGUACAUACUGGCAGCAGGCCAAAAGAAAUAUACAAAAAUGAGUAAACCAUGGAUCGAUUCUCAAAUCAGCGAACUCAUCGCCGAGCACGGCACCGUCCCUCCCCCCUACAUCAAGCACCCCAACAUCCACCCCCUUGAAAUCUUCUGGCGCAUGGGCUCUGGCGAGAGCUACAUCAUGGUAUAUGGUACCUGGUGGGAGCGCCAAAAACCCUUGAUGGACGAGACGCAAAAGAUUGAAUAUUUCCGGCAAUUCCCGCCGCCGCCGCUGUGGCUGACUUGGAUGAUUGAUCUGCUGUGGGUGCCGGAGGAUGAAGAGAUGGAUUUAGAUCCUGAGGAGGCGGAUUACUUCAAGUAUUUCUUGCGCACGAAGGCGUUGGGGUUUGGGACGGAGGAUGAGUGUAAGAGGGCUUGGUUUUUGCAUAAUGAGGAGAUGGAAGCAGAAUUGGAUAAGGAGGAGGAGGAGAAUGAGUAGGGAGAGGUCACAGCAUAUGGCAGAUAUAGAACUUUACACAAGAAAAGGGUUCAAAAUAAUGCCUAGCACAAGACUGAGAAUAUAGAAUCCACCCCCUCCCCACAACGCAACUACAAAAGUAUCCCAUGUCGCACCCUCGGUAGCAAUCCCGAGCCUGACGCC